AUGAGAAAACUACUGUAUUUUGUCCUAUCAAUUGCGUACCUGAAAGUAUUUUUUAUCAAUGCACUGACUGACCGAAAAGUUUAUCGACCAACAUUGGAUGAGUUAAAUAAUCCGAACACCUAUCCCCAAAGAUCAGUAUACGGAAUAAAAGCAAUCCAAACCGAUGGUUGGAAAAUAGAAGACAUCACUGGUAAUGGAGCUGGAGGAGUAGUCGUCAAUUUACCUUGGGCUUCGUAUCAACCGCAAGAAAAACGUACACCUUGUUCUGGUAAUGAAGUGGCUUAUGACGGUUAUUGUUAUAUACCAGCCAAUGGUCCAGAGAUUCAACUUUACACUAGUAAACAAUUGAUGGUGACAGGAGUACUCAUCAUUCCACCACUCUGGGCUCGUCAGAGUAAUACGGACUGUAAACAAGCUAAUCAAAACUUCUGUGCACCUGACAAUCCGACAGCAUUUGGGCGUUUUGCUGGUUUUCUUGCAUGGUACUUCAAUGGUCAAAACGGACAUGGACGUGUGACAGAAUUUGUGAUUAUGAACGAAGUCAACGCUGCUGAAUGGUACAAUAUUGGUUGUGGAAAUGGAAAGUCGUGCAAUGUUGACAAAUGGGUGACAAGUUAUGCUCAAGUUUACAAUGCUGGUUACGAUCGAAUCCGUCAAGAACAACCCCAAGCACCGGUACUUGUUUCAUUUGAACAUCACUUCGAUUCAUCGUUGGAUACUUAUAUUAAUAAUGCCAGUCCCGUCAUUUCUGCACGCACGUUUUUGACGAAAUUAGUACCACAAUUAGGCAGUCGUCAAUGGGCAUUGGCUUAUCAUUCCUAUCCGCCAAGUCUCCUUCACGCAGAGUUUGGUCGUAAUGAUUGGCCGAAAAUAACAUUUGGAAACAUCCACCGACUCGUCGGAUGGCUUAUGCAAACUUAUCCAAAUACGCCAUCAGCACAUAAAGUUUAUUUAACAGAAAACGGAAUUAAUUCGAUCUCUCCAUAUUCCGAUCAAUACAAACAACAUGAUCAGUUAUGUCUAGCUUUCGAGUAUAUUCUAUCAACACCAAAUGUUGAUUUGUUUGUUUAUCAUCGGAUGAAAGAUCAUCCAGUUGAAACAAAAGACGGUCUCGGUCUAGGCCUAGUGGAUGCAUCCGGUCAAUAUAAACGUUCUUGGAGUCUUUGGGCGUUGACAAAUCGUUUUGAUAUCAUCCCGAAUAAACUCUCAUGUGGAUUUCAACAUCUUCCCUAUGUGUUGCUCAAACGGGCUCUGCAUUCAGUCGAUGGUCAUUUCACGACCACACGACCAUUACCAAGCGGUUACAAACUUGAACGAACAUGGAAAUUGUUCCGUGAAUAUCAAGCGAAUACGAAAUUAAUCUUCGAAUGUGUUCGCACACACGAUAAGAGAAAUUUUCCUAGUAUUCACCAAAAUUGUGAAAAUCAAGAAGCGUGGGGACCUUUAGGUUACAUCUACAUAGAUCAAAGUACAAAUUCGAGAGCAGCACCGAUCUAUCGUUGUCGAUCAGGUACCGAUUAUUUCAUCUCACCCGAUUCGAACUGUGAAAAUACAACGAAUGAAGGCCUUCUCGGUUAUGUAUUGAGCUAA